AUGGCUUACCGGUCCAACGACUUUGAGGAGCGUUUCUACGACGCCCCGCGCCGCCAGCGCGCCGAGAGCCGAGUUGCCUUCGACGAAGUUGAUGUUCGUGUGAAGGAGCGCGAGCGUGAGCGAGAAGGUGACCGCCUCCGCUUCCUGCGCGAUGAGCGUCCUCCCGAAGCCGGAGCCCUUGUUCUGAGCCGCAGAGAGGUUGAAUCAAGAGAGCUGUCACGGCCUCGCGCCCGCAGCCCUAGCCCUGUUUACCGCGAGCGGGUUGUACGCAGAGCCCGCAGCUUGACACCCCCGCACGUUCAUCAUGAGCAAGAGCUCGAGCGCUCCCGAGUCCGCGUCACUGAGCGCGAGCGAGAGAUUCGCAGUCCGUCCCGCGGCCCUCCUCCGGAGAUGAUCCGCGCUCGAUACGUUGAGAGGCAGCGCUCGCCCUCUCCUCCUCCUCCUCCCCCAGCCAGAGAACGCAGCCGCGUUGGCGUGCGUAUCGUCGAGCGUGAGAGGGAAAGAGAGCGGGUUCCCUCGCCCUCGCCCUCACCGCCACCACCACCGCCUCAACCUCAGGUCAUUCGCGGCCCCACGAUCGAAAGAGAAGUCAUCACGCACUAUAGAGACAUCGAUCAUGGUGUUACCCGUGUGCCCAGCCCGCCGCCCCCCCCUCGUCCCGCUCCUCGCCCCAAGACCCGCACCGAAGAGCGGGAGUUAGAUAUCGACAUCACCACCUCCCGCAGAGGGACCGACAUUGACAUUCACCGCUCGCAAAGCCGGCACCGGUCUCCUAGCAGGGAGCGCAGAUCCCCCGCUUUCCAGGACAGCAGAGAACUCGUCGUGAGUACCGACCGUCUCCGGAUCGACGACCGUCAUUACCACAGCGGGUCACGCCGCAGAGCUCACUCUGCGGCAGCACGCACACCCGUCGAUGAGGAAGCCGAGUACAUCACCUCCAAGAUCGACUCACGCGGCAAGAUGGGCGAGGCUUGGAACGGUGCCACCAAAGACUGGUCUAUUGUCGAUGUCCCGCCCGGUACUGAGCGUGUCCGUAUGGAUGGCGUUGGCGGUGGCUCUGCCGAGGUCACUUGGCAGCGUUACAACGGUGUGAGGCGGGCACAGUUCAUUCCUGAACGGGACGGCGCUCCCAUCUCGGCGCCGGCCCCACUUCCCGCCGAACCCUCACCGCGAGAGUCCCGAGACCGCCUCAGCCUCCAGGUUUAUGACCGCGAGACUGAGAUCGAGAUUGAGAAGACAAAGGAUCGCGCCCCGCGCCGCGGACCUCCCUCAAAGCGCAACGAGAUGUGGACCGAGAUCACAAAGGACCUGGUCAUUCGCGAUGCCAUUAUUCAGCUCGGAUAUGAUUUCGAAGAGACUGAAUACUUUUUCUACAUCAUGCAAUACCUGAAAUACGAUGAUGUGCUUGAAUUGGUGCAGGUAUCUGACGAUAUCCGCCGCUUCCGCAAGCAGCGCGUCCGCGAAUAUGAGAGGGAGUGGGUGCAUGAUGACUGGGACCGCCGGUCUUCUCAUCACCAUCACCACCGCGGACCAAGCAGCAAGUACGAUGAUGAGCGAAUUUACGAGCGCGAGGUUGUCUACGACAGUCAGCGUCCCCGACGUUAUUAA